UUUUUUAGUUAAUCGCAGAAACAAGCACACCUUAAUCGUCAUCGCUUUUUAUGUACGUAAAUUUAUUGAAAGCAAAAGUAAAGCGUCAUCAACAACAACAACUACGCAGGCAGCACAAGCAACUACGAAAAACACGACGCUAAUGGGCUCAUUCAAUGCGGCGCCAAAAAUAAAUAACAUAGACUCUCAGGAUGACGGACUCGAAAUACCCAAAGGUCUAACCACAAAUGAUCUGCUACAAUAUGUGAAACAUUUACGUGGUGAAAAUCAACACCAAUUGCUUUCCAGAUAUUUCCUAAAGCCAUCGCUGACAGUGAUGUCCAAUGAUAUUACUGACGGUUUCAGUUGCUUAAAAUUAAAUUCAGUUUCCAGAGUUUGCAGUGCUCCCAUAUCAUCGCCAAAUCAUAUACGUCUGUUCCAGUGGAAUAUAUUAUCACAAUCACUUGGUCAGAAUAACGAUGGCUUUGUUUGUUGUCCGGAUGAUGCCUUAACUUGGGAUCAUCGCAAAUUUCUCAUCAUACAGGAGAUUCUACAAAAUAAUCCGGAUAUAAUUUGUCUACAAGAGGUUGAUCAUUUUAAGUUCCUGCAAAAUAUUUUGGGCACACAAAACUAUGAAGGCAUUUUCUAUCCCAAACCCGAUUCACCUUGUCUGUAUAUCGAAGAGAACAAUGGACCAGAUGGUUGUGCUAUAUUCUACAACCGUGAUAAAUUCGAUUUGGUUAAUUUUGAUACUCGCAUUCUGGAAGUUUGGCGUGUGCAAAGCAAUCAAGUAGCCAUCGCUGCUAAUCUAUCUAUCAAGGCAACGGGCAUGGAGGUUUGUGUUUGCACCACUCAUCUGAAAGCACGGCAUGGUUCAUUGCUAGCGAAGCUACGCAACGAACAGGGACGGGACUUGUUGCGCUUCGCAAAACAAUUCGCCGAUGAACGACCAGUGUUACUAUGCGGCGACUUUAAUGCGGAACCAAUUGAACCAGUUUACUCAACAAUGUUGAACUCAGAUCACCUUAAUUUAUCAAGCGCAUAUGCGGAUAUCAAAAUUGAAGCUGAAAAUUUUACAAAUGACCAAAAUGAGGCAGUAGAUAUAUAUGAUAAAGUACAAAAUUCCAUGCAACAUGAACCACCAUACACUACCUGGAAAAUACGCGAGGAUGGCGAGGAAUGCCAUACCAUUGACUAUGUCUUUUAUUCAAAGGAUAAAUUUAAAGUUAAAAACUGCUUGGAAUUUCCACAAGGUGAAGAAAUUGGCAAGAAUCGCACGCCCUGCUAUCAGUAUCCAUCAGAUCACUUCUCGUUGAUAUGUGAUUUUGAAUUUCUUAAUAACGAAGAGCUUAAAAAUAAAAUACAGUGAGAUUUUACAGGGUUGUAGGGAGUAGUUGCACAAUUCUAUUGUAAUUCCGCUGGUAUUCACAGAUUCAAUUUAUAAAUUGUGAUAUUAGUUGUUAGCUAUAUUUUUAGAUUUUUAGUUUUGACGAUUUUUUAAUACAGGAACACAAAAUAAACUUUAUAAAAACUAUUUUGACUUAUUAUAAUAAAGAAAC